AAAUCCUUUCCGAGAAUUCCAAAACUAGUGGACCAGCUGGCGCCGCUUAUCUGUUCCUGUUGCCCUCUUCCGAAGUGUCGCUCUGAAAGCUCUGCCUGGAUAGCCUGACCGGAAAAGAUGGAAGAAUCUGCCCAGAAACACAUAAUCCAGAUAACAGGAUUUAGAGGCAAAGAGAAAGAGGAUGUAACCAAAUUGCUCUUAAAACUAGAUUGUACUUUUAUUAAGAAUAAGCAAUACAGAAAUUGCACACAUCUCAUAGCAAAGCAUGCUUGUAAAAGCGAAAAAUACUUAGCAGCUUGUGCAGCAGGAAAGUGGGUACUAACUAAGGACUACAUAAUUAAUAGUGCCGAAAGUGGCAGAUGGCUCGAUGAAACAACUUAUGAAUGGGGAUAUAAAAUUGAAAAAGACUCCCAUUAUUCACCUCAAAUGCAAUCUGCACCUAAAAGAUGGCGCAAAGAACUGACAAACACUGGUGCUCCAGGGGCCUUCCACAGAUGGAAAGUUGUCCUCCUGGUUAAAGAAGGUAGUAAAGGAAGAGAUUCUCUUACAAGAGUCUUAGGUGCUGGAAAGGCCCAGGUUUUUCUACCAAAUAAUACACCAAAAGGAAUUACUCAUGUGAUCACCAUGAAUACAAAUUCAAGUGCAGAAAAAGCCAAGUACACCUUUGAAGCUCCCUACUAUCCAGUACAGCAUCUCGUAGACUUCCUUUUUUUAGAGAGACAAUUUCAGAAUGAUGAUGGAGCUGUUCAACGGACUUCUCUUUUUACUGAACAUGUUCAACAAGAACGAAAAGCCACUGAUUCCAAGACUGACCGUGAAAUUGCUGACCUGAAAAAGGCAUUAAGAAAGCACAUAUGUAGAGUGGAAGCUAUGAAAUACAGUUGCAUCGAAUUAACUAAAAUUGCAGGGUGCAGUAUAGAGGUCAAAAACACUGAACUUCCCAGAAGUAUAUUUAAUACAAUUGAAAUUCUCAUUGAAGGGCAGUUCUUUACAGAAGCGCUUGAGGAACUAGUUUUACUCCAGCCACACUACAUUCCUCCAGUAUGUCUACUUCAUGUUUUUCUAAGGAGCAUGCUACAGGGGAAUACAAUGGCCUUGAUUGAUCGAUACUUCCGUGUUUUGUCAGUUCUUCUGCAUCUUCAUCCUCCUUGGAAGUCUCCUACUAUGUUGAGUUAUUAUCUAGAAUUUUUUCAAUGUCCAAAUUGUAUGAAAGGAAUAUGGUCUUUUGUAGAAGUACUGAUCAGGUCCUGCCUCUUCAGUGAAAGUUUUUGUCACCCAAUUCCAGAAGGAAUUGUUGAGACCAAGAUGCUCAGUGUGGCAUUACUAACAUUCUUCCUCAAAUUAGUGAAAAGGGAAGUCCAGCAUCUGAAUCACAGGUUAUAUGAAGGGGCAGAUUCUCAGAGCCUAAAAGUCAAAGAACAGACCUUCCUUCUUAAAACCUUCUGGUCUGGAAAUGAAACUUCAGUGUUUUUUACUAAGCCCAUAAAUAUGCUUUUGGAUUGGACUAUAUAUUCCCAUAAAGAAAAAUUCAAAUCUAAUGAUACCUUCAAAAAUGAAAUGGCUUGCCUGUUGACUGGGAUUCUUGGAGCAGUAGUAGAAUAUUGGAUAUUUCUUGGUCUUAUGAAGGACAGAAAUGUGAUGCAACAUAUGUCUGAUCAUCUAGGAAAUUAUGUUGCUGUAUCUUGUGAUGAUUUUUCUUCACAAGAGUUAGAAAGUUUCAUUAAUUCCUUCUCUUCAUCCUGGCUUCAAAUGUUCAUUGCAGAAUCAGUCUUUAAAAAGUCAUGUUUACAGAGCUGUAUCAGUAUUUCUCCUGAACCACUCUCUCUUCAGAAAAUGGUAUGUGCUUAUUUGCCUGCAUUGGGAAAAAUUAAUUUACUUGAACUAAGAAAGGGGCAGAAACGGAAGAAAAUGGGACAUUGGGAUGGCCCCAGCUCUCAGAGGGCACUGAAGAUGUUAAGUGAUGGUGAUCAGAACCAAACCAAUGUCUUGCCUGACGCACCUGAGCUAAAACAUCCCUUGUCACUAAAAAGGUCGCAAAAGAAAUCUGAAGGAGAAUUGUCACGUUCCAAAGAGAACUUUUUGCUUCCAAAAAUGAAUUUUCACAAGACCAAUUUAAAAGGAGAGACAGCCCUGCAUAGAGCUUGCAUAAAUAACCAAGUGGAGAAAUUGAUUCUUCUUCUUUCUUUGCCAGGAACAGACAUUAAUGUAAAAGACUAUGCUGGCUGGACGCCUUUGCAUGAAGCCUGUAACCAUGGCAACACAGUGUGUGUCCAGGAAAUUUUGCAGCGUUGUCCAGAGGUAGAUCUGCUCACUCAAGUGGACGGGGUGACUCCUUUGCAUGAUGCACUGUCAAACGGACAUGUAGAAAUUGGCAAGCUGCUACUCCAGCAUGGGGGCUCGGUGCUCCUCCAACAAAGGACUUCUAAAGGAAAACUGCCUUUGGAUUAUGUGCUAGCUCCCCAAGUGAAAGAAGACCUCCUGACUGUCCUACAAAUCAAAAGUUCCACUGAAGACCUUCAUGCACAAGCAGAGGAACAUUUCUACCACCAGCAGAUCGAAUUUGGCUCAUUCUUACUUAGUAGAAUGCUAUUGAAUUUUUGUUCUAUAUUUGACUUAUUUUCAAACUUCUCUGUUUUUAAGGAGUUAGCGCAUCUAGAUGGAAGACUGUUUACUUCUCCUAGAACCCGCAAGGAUGCUACCCGUCUCCAUAAUGACUGGAUCGUGGAUCUCUACUCUCAAAAUCUCAUGACAUUAGAGAAGCUCCCAAGUCUCCUUAAGGAGAUACCUAAGAACUUGGAAGUGUUUCCAGGAGUUCAGACACAGGCUUUAUUGAUGACACUAAAAACUAUGAUAGAUCAAGCACAGAGUUUUCAUGGCACUAGUUAGUAUCAAUAGACUUUCUAAAGUAUUUUAGAUUCUCUAUAUUGACAGACAUAGCCUUUGACAUUGUUUUAGGGGUGCUCAUUAGAUCAUUCCUUUUUCAGAAAAAGAGAUGUGACUCUUCUCUCCAAAAGAGAAGUGCAAAUUAUUUCCAAAUUGAAUAGAUAUUUUAAAAAUUACAUUGUUCUUUCAAAAAGUUAUUCUUGUUUGUGGUAUAACCUCUUCCUUGUGAAUCUGAGAAUCCUGGCAGAUAGCAACACAAUCAUAUUCACAUGUUCACUUUUAAGGACAUAGUUGGGAAACAUUGUUUUAAUUCAGCAGACUGACCAUCAGAACAGGUUCCUUUCAGUUCUAUGCUUUUCCUAAAAUAAAUAUUCCUAAAGUUUGAAGCAUUAGCCAAUGUUCUAAUUAUUGCUUUUCUUUUCUUUUUUAAUAACUUGAAAGGGAAGAGAAUACCCUCGAAUUUAUGUACAUCUGCAUAUGCACACAAGGUGUGAAGUUACAUUUUUCUAUAGCUGGCACAAAGGCAUUAAGAUUUGCAUUUAGCUUUCAUGCAGUUUAUUUGUAUGAUCUCACAGCAAGUAAUAUGCCUACUUUGAUUUUUAUCAUAGAAACAGAUCUUUACACAAGAUUCAAGUAUUAAGUGGCCAAUUAGAAGAGUUAUAAUCUCAUCACCUCAUAAUAAUAGAUCCGUUCUGGCUAAGUUCUGUUCCUUUAUAAUUUCCCUAUGUUAUAUUUAGAAGUCACUGUUUUAUCCAUAAAUUAGCCUAAGGAAUAUAACAUUUUAAUAUCUGGCAAACUUACAUAGUCAGUAAAAACAGUUCAGUAAAACAAGCAAAGGACAGAACUUUAGGAAAUCUUCAUUCUCAUCUGAUCUGUACUACUACUAACAAGUCACCUGUCUUCCCUGAACCUCAGUUACCUCAUCAGUAGAAUGUUCAGUUUGUUCUAACUCAUCAUUUAAGCUUUUGUUUUGUUUUUCUCACUAUGAUUCUACCUGAUACAUCUCUUUCCGCUUAGUGAACACUACAAAAUAAACUUAUGAAAACUGACCAUGGAGAAUCAGGGUAAGGCAGAGGAGAUUCAUUUCUAGAUAUAACAAGUCUAAAGUCGUUCAUUUGGACUGUCAUUUCUAUUGUAAUGGGAAAAUAGUGGAUUUUUCAAUAUUGAAUCACCAUGGAAAUGUUUUCUUUUAGUUGCACUGUUUAUAUUUUCUAAGUGAGUUUUGUACCUGUCAGCUUUCUUUUACCAUGAAUAAAAUAUAUACAGUGAUAUAAUUUGAAUUAGAUGCAAGAUAAAAUUACCUUCCUGGA